AGCGCCUGCAGCCAUCCCCAGAGUUUGGGUGCCCUGGCAGCUAGAAUCCCCGAGCAGGAGGACCCGGGACAUUGUCUACCUGAGCCGCUGUGCUGUGGGAAUCCACUGUCCCAGACAAGCCAGACCUGGAGCGCAUCGUACGCCUCUCUGCUCCUCCAGCCUCACACCCUGGACCACACAGAGGACAAGCACUAUUGAUGGACUGGGCCAGGGCUGAGUCUGAGCGCCCAGGGCUGUGGGUCCCCGCGGUGCUGGCUGUUCUUCUACUGGGAGCCUGCCAGGCACACCCCAUCCCUGACUCCAGCCCCCUCCUCCAGUUUGGGGGCCAGGUCCGGCAGCGGCACCUCUACACAGACGAUGCCCAGGACACGGAGGUGCACCUGGAGAUCAGGGCCGAUGGCUCAGUGGGGGGCGCUGCCCACCGGAGCCCUGAAAGUCUCCUGGAGCUGAAAGCCUUGAAGCCAGGAGUCAUUCAGAUCUUGGGGGUCAGGACUUCCAGGUUCCUGUGCCAGAGGCCUGACGGGACCCUGUAUGGAUCGCUCCACUUUGACCCUGAGGCCUGCAGCUUCCGGGAGCUGCUUCUUGCAGAUGGCUACAACAUCUACCAGUCUGAAGCUUACGGCCUCCCACUGCGCAUGCUCCCCAGUGACUCCGCAUCCCGGGAUCCAGUGCCCCCGGGACCAGCCCGUUUUCUGCCACUGCCAGGCCUGCACCCUCCACCUCUGGAGCCACCAGGAAUGCUACCCCCCGAACCCCCGGACGUGGGCUCCUCAGACCCUUUGAGCAUGGUGGGGCCUUUACAGGGCCGCAGCCCCAGCUAUGCUUUCUGAAGCUAAGGCUGUUAAUUUAGCUCUUUAUUUAUUGGGUUAUUUAUCUUAUUUAUUUUUCUAUUUUUCUUACUUGGGAUAAUAAAGACUCUGACAGAAGAGUA